GCCCAAGUAGCACUGCGGCUAUGGAGGAUUCGAAACUCUUCCAGGAACUAGAACAAUCGAUUCAGGAUAAUCAAAAUUCACCUUCAUUUCAGGGUUCUAAUAAAGUUCUUCAUUUGGCUCUAUCGUAUUUAAAUGCCAACCGCCAAGAUGCUCAUUGGGUUUGUAAAUCGCACUUGAAGAUUGCUGUACGGGAAUGCUUUUUUCUAUUUUCUUUUCAGGAUGAAAAUGAUUUUUUGACGUGGUUUAAAAAACACUUGGACGAACGACUCCAAGUUUGCCCUUCCUGCAUAUUAAGCUAUCAUCAAUUAAUUGAAGAAUUCAAGACUUUAUGCCUUAAUAUUUUCCAUUUUGAUCCAAACACUCUCGCUAUAGUGCUUGAGAAGAUAUUUCAAUGGGAUGUUUCCAGACUAAUGAAGGUUUUACAAAGUAUUCCUAAGAUUGACUCUAGUGCCUCUUCCAAACCUAUUUUGUGUGCUUUUUAUGAAAUUCUAUAUAAUGUAGAAUUUUUAAAGAAUGAAACCCUUUUCACGUUGUUUCGAAAGAGGUUCUUGGAGGCUGGAUUUCUUCGACUAUCUAAAAAGUUGGUUCCAGGUGUUGUGUACCUUUUAUUUUCUGAUGAUGACGCCUUACGGAAAUGGGCGUUCGGUAUUCUCAGCGGUUGUGAAGUAAUCCCCGCGAAUGAAUUUGUGAACCUCCAAGCACCAUUUCUUGAGGAAAUUCAUUCUUUAAGGAAAAGUACAUCCGACGACGUAUAUGUAAAGCGCUUUUUGAAUGCUUUUUCGGCUCUUUUGAAUAAUGUCUCAUUUGAUUAUUUUGAAUCCUUAGGAAAACAUGGAUUUGAACCAAUUUCCUUUAUCUUACGCGGGUUGGAGAAAGCACCGUUGAGUCAAUAUCCCUCUUUCUUAGAUUGUCUGCAUUCUUUAUUAAAAUGUUAUAAACUUAGGUUUUGGAAAGCUUCUAAACUUGAACCCUCUCAAGUUGUUACUUUGAUUUUUGAAAGCGAAGCUCAUCAACAUUGGGUAGAACAAAUGAUAAAGCAAAAUAAAGAUUGCAAUAGCAAGAUUUUGGAUUGGACCAUACCCUUUCUCAACUCGAUUUCUUUAGAAAAACACCUACCUGCUGUACAAAUGUUGCUUGAAAAGUGCAAUGUACUUUUUACAAUAUCUGAAGGAAUCACGUAUAUGAAUAAUCCCAUUUUCAAAUGUAUUUGUGAAAUUCAUUCUUUGCUUUUUAACGAAUACUUUCAGAUUAUAUCUCAUAGCGAAGAUUCACCAAAAGCAUAUGUGGAUUCCUUGCAUCUAACUGUAUGCUCGAAUUUCGAUCUCUUUUUUUCUAAUCUCAAAGAUUAUAUCAAUUCUUUUGAACAACCAUCGUUUAAGAAAGCUUUCGAAUAUCGCUUGAACAUCGAUGUUUAUGCUUUAAGACAUAGUUAUCGAAAGUACGCUCAGAAGCGUAAUGAUGUAAACAUAAACUUGCAUCUUACUGAAAAGUCUGUAUCAACUUUUUGGAGAAAAUUACUUUCUCUCCUCGUCGAACAAAGUCAAACCUUGGCUUGUUCUAUUUUCCGAUGCAUUUCAUCUCUUCAUCUUAUAGACAAACUUGAUCCACCGAAGACUGAUGAUGCCUUUUUGUCUGCUUAUAAUAAAGCACUAGACUCGUUUUGCCAGUUUUUGUCUGACAUGUUGAUGAUAAUUCAACGUUGGAGUCUUUCAUCUUUAAAAUCUUUUUUGGAAAAUCCUCACGUUUUUUCUGCGCUAAUAGGAUUCCUUUUUUCUCCAAUUUCUGAAUUUUCAAAUAAUGCAUGGACUAUAAUUAAUCUGUCAACUGAUACUGAAAGCAUAGGUGAAGCCAUAGACAAGUUGCUAAAAUAUCGGUUUUCGGAUUCACUUAGAGCGCUCUCAGGUAUUUAUUUACAAUGGGUUAAAUAUAGGGCGUUUAGCAGUGUUAAGCGGCUGGUUUAUCAAGGAAAAACGAUCAUCACACAUCUUUUCCACCCAUUAGAUGGAAUGUUACAUGGUACUAGCAUAUCGUUCAAAGAUGAAGAUAACUGUGAUGCCUUGAAAACAUAUUGGGAUAAUUUAUGGAAGUUUCUUGCUCAUUUUUUUAUUGCUUUACCAAGUUGGCCAGUAAAACAUGAAAAAGAAGUUCUCGUUGACAUAAUGCAUGUUUCUUUAGACUGUUGUCAAAUGCUUUUAAAAAGCUUUCAUCAGGUCUCCGAAUUUAUAGCUGGCAUCAAUAUUUCUGUCUCCAAUUCCAAACCAGAAGAUAGCGACGUUUCUAAGAAAGCAUUAGCUAAUUCAGUUCUUAACUCCCUAAUAACACUUUCCUAUUGGCUUAAAUUGAACGAUUCGAGUUUAUUAUCUUCAGUUGUCAGAAUUAUUUGUGCUAUGCUGAAAUUAUUCAAUAACUUGUCUUUGCCAAUUAAUCAAAAUACUGUUGAUAUGAUUCAAAAGUCUUCUGCAGCACGAGAUGGGUCUACGAUCCUUACUUUAUCCGAACGGGAAGAUUUGUUUCUUGCAAUUUCACCUUAUUUACCUGAGCAUUUACAAACAAAGCCUUUCAGUUCAACUGCAGGCGAAACAUCAAAUUCAGAACAAGUGGCUUUGACGAGUCCGGAUGUCUAUGUGAUAGAUGAAGGACCGAAGCAACAAAGGAAACUCUCUUCUAAAUCUCAAGAAAGUGAUACUAAGGUUGUUUCCGCCAAUGAAGAUAAAGGGACAGCAAACCAUUUUACUCUUUCAUCAAAAACAUUGUCCCUGCUUGAUAAAGAGAAGGACGCAAUUGAAAAGCCACAACCCGCUCGUCGAAAUUAUAUUCAGAAGGUCGGCCCAAAAUCUGCUAACUUGACUAUCGGAGAAACUUCAGAGUUACAGUCACGCAGAACUUUGAAUAAGUUGGAUUCUGUAGCUCCAAAAAAGAAGCCUAUAGAACCUAAACGGAACUUACAAUUGACUUCAAAUGAUGCAGAAUCUUCCGAAUCAGAGUCAGAGUCAGAGUCAGAAUCCGAUUCAAAUAAUAAGGAAAAUGAAAAUAAUGGGCUUUUCUCUUUAAUGCGUGAUGUCUCUAAUCAGAAUAAAUCAAAUGCUCCACGUCGUCAAGUACAACUUUUGGAUAUAAAUUCCUUGAAGACUAAUAAUGUCGUACAUCCUGCACAGCGUCACAGGGAAGCUCAUCAGAGUAUUUAUACCUCUCGGCUUCGUUUAUUUCCAGAUGUUCAAAGUUUUUAUAAAAUUCUUUUAAGCUGGAAUCCAAUUCUCCAAUCUGAUACAACUGUCGAUGAAAAAAAUUUGAGAUGUCGAAGUAUUGAAAUUGCUUACUCUUCUCCAGAUACUUACGAGAAAACCUUUAUGCCGUUUUUAUUCAAUGAAUGUUGGGCUCAAAUUCGCGGAGCUAUUGAGGAAGAUCAAUAUACUCCGUUAGAAUUGACAAUGAAUACUCGUACCACUGUUGAUAACUUUGUUGAGCUAGGUUUUUCCUCCAGAACAAUCACUGAAUUACAGUAUCUCAGCGAUACUGACAUAUGCGUAUUAUCCAAGUCAAAAAAACCUAGCUCACCAGAAAAAAAAGAGCCGUCAACUCUUGCUAAAAUUCAGUCUCUAACUAGGAAGAAAGAAUCAAUCGAUAUUUUUGUUCGUGUUAAUUCUGAUGCAAAAACGCUACAAGAAAUGAUUCCUGGUGCCAAGUUUUACUUACAGAAACUUUUUAGUGCGACCACCAGUUUGCGCGAAUACUCCGCAUUGAAGUCACUUCCAUUUGUUAAUCUUUCCAGCGAUAUUUUACAUGCCAGAAUUAGCAAACACUCGGAGUAUGCUAAUAGUGAAGGCCUAAAAAAAAUUGUGAAAUCAUAUGGAGUUAAUGAGCCUCAAGCUAAAGCAAUUAACGCAGCUUCUAGUAAUGAUGGAUUUACACUUGUGCAGGGUCCUCCUGGUACAGGAAAAACAAAAACUAUUUUAGGUAUGAUUGGUGCGAUAUUGACUUCCAAAGGUCAGGGUUUACGGUUUGCUGCCCCUGGGCAGUCAAAUCCCAUUCAACAAAAUCAGAAAAAUAGGGUUUUGAUCUGUGCUCCUAGUAAUGCUGCAAUAGACGAAAUUUUAUUGCGUUUAAAAGAUGGCGUAUACGACCAUGAAGGAAUAAAGUUUAUGCCUAAAGUAAUUCGAAUAGGUUUCACAGAGUCAAUUAAUGUUCAUGCUAAGGAAUUUACACUAGAAGAACAGAUGGUUAAGCAAAUGGAAAUUACAAAUUUAAAGAAGCAUGAAAAUUCUUCUGAUGCCGGCGAAGUCAGAAAAAAACAUGACGCUAUUCUUUUGGAACGUAACAAGUUAAGAGAAAAUAUUGAUUUAACUCGCCAAGCUGGUAAGGAUAGCUCCUCUUUGGAAUUAAGGCUCAGAGAAAUUACACGUCAAAAAAAUUCCCUUGAACAAAGUUUAGACGAAAUGCGCAGCACGCAACAAAAUGCCAACAGGAGUAUGGAUUUAGCGAAAAAGCAAAUACAAAAUCAACUUCUUCAGGAUGCUGAUGUAGUUUGUGCAACUUUGUCUGCUAGCGGUCAUGAGACGUUGCUAAAUGCCAAUAUAAGUUUCCCGACUGUAAUCAUAGAUGAAGCUGCUCAAGCAGUCGAGCUUAGCUCUCUUAUCCCUUUGAAAUAUGAUUGCAAACGUUGUAUUAUGGUCGGUGAUCCGAACCAGUUACCACCAACUGUGCUGUCGAAGUCUGCUUCAAAAAACGGUUAUGAUCAGUCACUUUAUGUCCGGAUGUUUAAAAAGAAUCCAAGUAAUGCCUAUCUUUUAAGCAUCCAAUACCGAAUGCACCCAGAAAUUAGCAAAUUUCCCAGUCAUUACUUUUACCAAUCGAAGCUAAUUGAUGGACCAAAUAUGGUUUCUGUUGCAGAUCGACCAUGGCAUCAUGAUGCUCUAUUUGGUGUUUAUCGUUUUUUUAACGUGCAAGGUAAAGAAUCUGUUUCAAAAUCUAAAUCAUUGUAUAAUACUGAUGAAGCAUCAUUUGUUCUUUUAUUAUAUGAAAAACUUUCACAAAACUUUAUCAAUAUUGACUUUGAAGGAAAGAUUGGUAUUGUUACUCCUUAUCGAAGCCAAGUCCAAGAACUUCGCUACCAAUUUCAGAAAAAAUUUGGAUCAAUUAUUUUUAAGUACUUGGACAUACAUACAGUUGAUGGUUUUCAAGGACAAGAAAAGGACAUUAUCAUCUUCUCUUGCGUCAGGAGUUCCAUGGGAAAUGGUAUAGGAUUUUUACAAGACGUACGUCGUUUGAACGUUGCUUUAACUAGAGCAAGGUCUUCAUUGUACAUUGUGGGCAGUACUGAACCUUUACUGCAAAAUGAAGUCUUUCGUAACUUGAUUGAGGACGCCAAAGCGAGGAAAUGUUGGAUGGGUGUUAGUUUUGAACGACUAUUGCAUUGGAAAUCUGAUACGAAAAAACUAAAGUCAAUUAAGGAACAGCAUAAAUUGGAUGAUAACUUAGUAAAGGAAGAAUCGGAUACUUUACCACGUAAUGAGCGCUCACCAUCGUUAACUCCUUUCUCAGAACCGAAACACGAAGUUCUAAAUGCGCAGGCCUCUCCAGAUAUGAAUGAUCAUAAUAAAGAUACAAAAGAAAUUAGACCUUCCGGCGACAUAGAAAAUUCAGAUAUGAUCAAUUCAAAAAAGCUUAAGAAGCCUUUUAAGGAAAAGAAGGACGAGGAAAAACAGAAAGAGACUGCUGGCUCGAGUAUUUUACAGAAAAAACGUGAAAACAGUUUUAGUGAUUCGACUGAUAGUAAGAAAAUAAAAAAAUCGAAGGAAGAAAAAAAGCAACACGAAGAUAAAAGAUCUUCUAAAAAGUCAAAGAAACCGAAAUCUAAGUUGGCUCUGGCGGCUUUGGAGCAAGGUUUUCGCCCGCCAAGUUGAUUCGAAGAAUAUAAAUUUUAAAUAUAUUCGUGGUUCAUCUGCCAGCUACGGCUUAGCUCUUUACCCCUUGGCUAUCUUGCUAAUCCACUUUAUCUUCUUAUGUUUCAAUUAUUCCUAAUCGUUUAACAGAGUUAUGUAUACAGUGAUAUAAUCUUUGGGGACGCGCUAUUGGGUUUGGAGUUACCCAUGUUUUAUUAGUUUUCUGAUGCUUAUAUUAAAGCGGUUUUUACAGUUCUCUCCUUUUUGUGUGUGUGUGUUUCGUAUCUUACUUCCGGUCUGUUGUAAUUUAUGUGACAGAAGAAGCCUUCAAAGAGCAAUAAAAGAAUGAAAGGCGAUGGUAACAACAUUAUAGCAGAUCUAAAUUAUUUAAAAAGUUUGAUGGAAAAAUCAGCUUAUAUCUAGUAUCAUCUAGUAUCGAUUGUGAAUGUUCGGGGCUAUUAGGCAUAACUAACUUGGAACCGAAGACCUUAGUUCGUUUAUAAAAUUAUUUGAGUCUUCUCGAGAAAGCACCUUAAAACACGCGAUUUCUUUCAUUGCCAUGGAUGGAUCAGCUUCAUGCAUUCCAUGCACAAUUAACCCAGAAAUGCACUCCUGAGUAUUCAAAGAGUUUAUUUGAUGGAGACAUCAAGUUUGAAUUUUCUCGUACGAAUGGUUUUCCUUUUUUUUUAAGAAAACUUGACUGGAGUGUACCUUAUCUAAGACUGAAGAAUCAUUUCUCGUGAAAAAGGUUUGGAAAUCAAUUGCAUCAAAAUCAAAAUUGAUAUCUCUUGAUAUUACUGCAUUUUGGUUAGAGCAACUAGAGCUCGUAUUAGAAAAUGGUUAUCUUAUUCAUCGUCCAUGGAUGGCGCUAAUUUUUUGUUACGACAGAAACCUCACGCGUUGUGGGAAUGUUUUUAAAGUGGAAAUAACAGGUACAGUUGUAGGAUUGUACAUUGAAAUGAACGAUGUGAUAUUACAUGAAAGGAUACUAAAUCCGUCCAAGAAUUUGGUAAAACAAAUCGAUAAAUGGAAAAACAAUCUUAUUCAGCCAGACCAGUUGAAUCCUACAAUCUCAAGAUUUCGACUAGACUAAUGCUACAUAUAUUUAUUUCAAUGUAGUAAACAUGAUCUAUUCUUUGUCUCAUAAGUUUCUAUUUGAGUUGAGUAAUCGCUGAUUCCACAUUGUUUUUACAUAUAGAAUAGAUAGUAAUUCUUUAUAGUUAUUACCGUGAUUAUAGCGAAAAUUAUAAAAACAGGAUCCUGAUAUGACACCUCCCGCAAUAAAUGGACGCUGUGAAAAGAUAGAGAUGCUAUAUUGAGCGAUGAAGAUGACUAGUGAUCACUUACAUUUUUAGCAUGUGGAUUAACAUCUCUCCAUCUUUCAAUUGAGUUCUGUCAAAAUCAUUACCGAAACGCCACAAUUCUAAGUCACGGGCACUGUCUUUAUAUGCUUCAUUCUUGAUAAAGUUUCCACUUCUUAUUAACCCCAACUUUGUGGUAUAAUCCAGCCAGCAGUUGCAGAUUAGAGAAACAUCAUCAGAAAUAGCGGUAAGGGGCCGCCCGUUUUGACUUGUUUCUUCAUCAGGGCCAUUUUCUAUAUUAUAUAGCUCUAAUAUAG